GCAUAGAUAGAUAUCAUAGAUUUUCUCAUUUCUUCAUUUUUCUUUUCUGGUCUCCUCGUGUCUGUGACAGUAACACAACACACUCAGCAAAACACGGGAUCGAGAGAUUCAAGCUAAAGCUACAAACUUUUGUUUACUCUCUUUCUAUUUCCCAUUUCCUUAGCUUCGAUUUUGGUGAUUUUCUUCAUCAAAAUGGGGCUUGUUUCCCAGGAUGCUCUCAAAGAUCUUCAAGCUCUAAUGGAUCAAGUUGAGGAGCCACUUCAGAGAACUUUCCAGAAUGUUCAUCAAGGAUGUGUAACUGAAACCUUAAUGCGGUUUCUAAAAGCAAGGGAGUGGAAUGCUUCCAAGGCCCAUAAAAUGUUAGUUGAUUGUUUGAACUGGAGAGUGCAAAGUGAGAUUGACAGCAUAUUAUCGAAACCAAUAAUCCCUGAAGAUCUAUACAGAGCAGUGCGUGACUCACAACUCAUAGGAUUGUCAGGGUUCUCAAGAGAGGGUCUGCCUGUCUUUGCAAUUGGUGUUGGGCUUAGUACAUUUGACAAAGCAUCUGUCCAUUAUUAUGUGCAGUCUCACAUUCAAAUUAAUGAAUAUCGUGACCGUGUAAUCUUGCCUUCUGCAUCAAAGAAGCAUGGGCGCCCUAUUACAACUUGUAUAAAGGUUUUGGAUAUGACUGGCCUGAAGCUGUCAGCCCUGAAUCAGAUUAAGUUGUUGUCAAUUAUAUCAUCCAUUGAUGAUCUGAACUACCCUGAGAAGACAAAUACUUAUUACAUUGUAAAUGCCCCAUACAUAUUUUCAGCAUGUUGGAAGGUUGUGAAGCCACUUUUGCAAGAGAGGACAAGAAAAAAAGUGCAAGUCUUACAAGGUUCUGGUCGAGAUGAGCUGUUGAAGAUCAUGGAUUACGCGUCUCUGCCACAUUUUUCUAGAAAAGAAGGCUCUGGAUCAUCAAAACAUGCAGAGAGUGGAAGUGAAAAUUGCUAUUCCUUGGAUCAUUCCUUCCAUCAAGAGCUUUACAAUUACAUCAAGGAGCAAUCCAGAAUCCAUGAAGCUGUUGAGCCCAUCAAGCAGGGAUCUUUCCAUGUAGCUUUUCCUGAACCUCCUGCUGAGGAAGCAAACAUUGCAAAGACUAUAGAGUCAGAGCUACAUAAGUUUGAGAAAAGCCAUGGGAAUGAUGAUCGAUGAGUUAACAACCAAUGGUAUCUUUGCCAUCUGAUCCAAUUCCAAACCUGUGUAGUUAGUGUUGUUUAUGUUAGCUUGAGAAAUUUAGGGAGUAGUCAUAAUAAGCCUUGCAUUGUGCCACAAUGCAAGAGAGAAAUGUCAAAUAUAAUAUUUUACCAUCAAGUUUCUUCUCUAAGUUUGAUCUUUUGCUUUUUGUCAUCAUAGUGCCUUAACAAUUUAAUUAUUAAGUAGUUUAUGUUCGAAGUACAGGACUUGUAAACAAGAACAAAUAUGCUAUUUUAUUAUUGGAAAAGAAAAACUCAAUCAGAAGAAACCUUCUCCUUCA